AUGACACCAACCCGCUACAGUGGCAAGAACCACCGCGUCCCAUCGUCAAAGGCAAGCUACGCGGUGAAGAGUCGGAAGAUGCAGAGUACGUCGUCAAAUGUAUCACCGACUCUCGCGUUCGGCAAGACGGUUCCGCAAACAGGCAAAGCGACUACCAGUACCUCACUGCUUGGCUCGGCUACCCACGCUCCGCCGACCUCUGGUUACCGUACGAAGAAGUACGAGACGUACAAGCAUUCAAAGAGUUCGCCACCGCCAACAUCGACAAUCCGGACCACGUCUUCCCUCGCAAUUGUCGACAGUACCUCGGCUUACCGGCUCUCGAAGCCGACAACCCUCCACGACCACCGCGCGACCGUGCACCUCGUGAUGUUCCUGAUCCCGACCAACCACGCCCCCUCACUCGCGCCCGCACGCACGCAGCCAACCAACCACCUCCAACCCCCAGCGCAGGACUCGCUCGACUAG